AUGCGUAGAAAAAUAAUUCUUUCAGCAUUUUGCUCGAGUCCUCCGCAGUGUGUCUCAAAGAAUUUCAACAUUUGUUCUCUUUGGUUCAAUCAAAAUCUGAAUGAAACUAACUCGAGAUCGGGAUGGGAUAGUCCGGCUGAUCUGUCGAAUUCAAUCCGCAGUUACUACUCGCAGGGCAUCAAUGGACUAUUGACAGUUUGCUCAGCUCGCCAGCAGUUCCAAUCAUGCCUUGGCAGCAGCUACGAUGUGUGCAUUUCGGAGCUCAGUUUUCUUCGAAAUGGCCAAAAUCUCCAAGACAGUAAAGCUUAUUCGGCGAUUUUCAAAAUGAUGGAAUUCGAUUGUGACGGAGGACUUCUUCAAUCUGUUCGAAACUGGGACUGCAUUCUCGCAACUGAGUCGUCGAAAAACGACGAGUUAACUGCAUGCGGAGAUAAUUUCCAUAAACAAUUGGAAAAUGCUCCGUCAAAACUCUGCCAAUAUUCGGUCGAGUACGAGAAUUGCGCUAGAAAAUUCUUUGCAGCUGCGUGUGGUGCCGAGACAUCGUGGUGGGCGUGCGAGCGAAUUCGUCGCGGGUAUUCCCUUGAUGAAUUAUGUCCCAGCGAUACUUGCAAAAUCGACGCUCCUUCGCAAUUAUUGCCAAAAAAUCAAGACGCUGACGCAAUUUUCUCGAGAACUCCAAAAGCGGCACAAGUUAUCCAGGAACUCGUGAGAAUGAAGAGAAAUUUUUAA